UGACAUAAGAGGAUUGAGGGUGGGGUGUGGAGUGAGAGAGAGAGAGAGAGAGAGAGAGAAAGCAUUGCCAUAUUAAAGAAGCAGAAGGAACCGGAAUCUUCAUUCGAACCGCUUUGAGUCUCAGCUCGUUUUUUCGCCGCUUAAGAAUCCAUAUUUAAAGCAAUAUGACGGGAGGAGGAAUGAAAUGUUUAAAGUUUCUGUUUUUUUUCUUCAACUUUAUCUUCUGGGUGUGCGGCCUGGCCCUCAUCAUAGUUGGCGUUUUGGCCAAGGUGGCAAUUAAAGACAUUCCCGCUGUUCAGCAGUUGGCCAACAAUUCCUCCCCCCUCGUGAUCAUCGUGGUAGGAGUCGUGAUCUUCUUCAUCGCUUUCUUCGGCUGCUGCGGAGCGUGGAAGGAUAACUACUGCAUGGUCACUACGUUUGCCGUCCUGCUGUCUUUCAUCAUCAUCAUCGAAAUUGGAAUAGCUAUUACUGCAUAUGUCUUUAGAGGCCAGCUGAAGAUUCUGGUGGAGGAUGGCAUGAAGGAGAUGAUCAAGGAUUACAACAACAAUACAGAGACCCAGAAAAACGUGGACAUUUUGCAGAAAGAGCUGAAAUGCUGUGGAUCAGUGAACGCUUCCGACUGGAUAAACUACAAACCUGACCAUGCCUCCGUCCCAGACUCCUGCUGUAGGAACAUGACAACAAGCUGUGGAGCCGGAGCCAUCAAAGACACCAAGAAAAUCUUCGAUGUGGGUUGUGCUAAAGUCGUGGAGGAAGACCUGAAGAAAAACCUUCUCUGGGUUGGAGUAGCAGCUCUAGUUAUCGCCUUCAUCGAGAUCUUGGGCGUCGUGUUCGCCUGUACGCUGAUGAGCGGCAUCCGCAAAGGCUACGAGGUCAUGUGAUCCCCACCUUGGAACGUCAGGAAUAUUUACUUCAUGUUCCAGUUAAACAUUUAAGAUUUUGUAAAUGCGUUCUUUCAGUGCCUGAAAUCAUAGACAGGAAUGUAACUAUACAGAGUGUAGAUUGACAACAGCUACAUCUAGUUUAAGUCAUAGAUGGUGAUAAAAAGGUAAAUUACUAUCUAUCCUGGUCACAUUACAGCUCGUAUAUUUGUACUUUAGCGGUCUUCAAAGAUGACUUGUUUUAAAAACUGAUUCUAUUUUUUAAACUCUUGUAUUUCAUGUAUAUUAUAAACAACUUUAAAAGUUGAAAUGCUUAACAUAUGUUGAAAUUAUAAAUAAUAAAACUUUUCCAGUUCCUCCCAAA